GCCGGGCUCAGCCUUUAAGAUGGCGUCUCCUCAGGGGGGCCCGAUGGCGAUCGCGAUGCGGCUGCGGAACCAGCUUCAGUCGGUGUACAAGAUGGACCCCCUGCGGAACGAGGAGGAAGUCCGAGUGAAAAUCAAGGACCUGAACGAGCACAUCGUCUGCUGUCUGUGCGCUGGCUACUUCGUGGAUGCCACGACCAUCACGGAAUGUCUGCACACCUUCUGUAAGAGUUGCAUAGUGAAGUACCUGCAGACCAGCAAAUACUGCCCCAUGUGCAACAUAAAGAUUCAUGAGACUCAGCCGCUCCUCAACCUCAAACUGGAUCGGGUCAUGCAGGACAUCGUGUACAAGCUGGUGCCCGGCCUGCAGGACAGUGAAGAGAAAAGGAUACGAGAGUUCUAUCAGUCACGUGGCCUGGACCGAGUCACCCAGCCUACCGGGGAAGCCAUCACCGUGUCUCUCCUAGAACCAGCCCCGGGUACCCUUGGCCUCCCCUACAACAGCUUUGACCAUUCAAAAGCCCACUAUUACCGUUAUGAUGAGCAGCUCAGCUUAUGUCUAGAAAAACUUAGCAGCUCUGGCAAAGACAAAAAUAAAAGCAUUUUACAGCACAAGUUCGUCCGGUGUUCCGUCCGAGCCGAGGUUCGGCAUCUCAGGAGGGUCCUGUGUAGACGUCUGAUGCUGAACCCCCAGCAUGUACAGCUCCUGUUUGACAAUGAAGUUCUCCCAGAUCACAUGACCAUGAAACAGCUUUGGCUUUCUCGAUGGUUUGGCAAGCCCGCACCCCUGCUCCUGCAUUACAGUGUGAAGGAAAAAAGGAGGUAGAAGUUGGCCUCCCUCCCCCACCCCAGAUAUUUAUGUGAGACCCACAGCGGCUUUAUUUUUGAAAUAAAAGCUGAAAAAGCA